UGGAAUGCUUAACUCUUUCGAUGAGUUUUUAAUUAUGUUUAGAGUCAAUACUCUCAGUGUUCUUAUUGUAAGCAUUGCUGUCUUAUUUGUUCAUAGCUAUCAAACAAGAGGAUGUUGGCAAUUCAAGACUAUAAAUGGCAAAAAUUGGUGUCAAUUAGGGACUACUACCUAAAAGAUGGAAAACGUUUUCCUACAGCCAGAGGAAUUAGCUUGACUGCUAAACAAUGGUCAGUUUUUAGGAAUAGUUUACAUGCUAUAGAUGAAGCUGUUGCAAAGAUGGAAUCACGAAAAAGAUCCGAAGAUGUUGGAAAACCAAUUGAGGGAGAUAUAUCUGAUGCAGUCAACUGCUUGGCUCCUCAGGGACUCCUCCCUGUUGAAAGAAAUGAAACUCAUGCAGAUAUGCCUGAUUCUGUUACUCCUCAUGGAAAUAUACCCACUGAUAGAAAGCAAGUUGAAGUAGAUAUGUCUGAUUCAGCAACUGAUUUUUCUCUUAAAGGACACAAUCAACAUAAUUCAUCAAUGACUGCUGCUUCUCCUCAAAGGCUCAUUCCUAUUGAGACCAUCCGCCUGAAUGGGCGAAAUUACCAUUGUUGGAUGCAUCAGAUAGAAUUUUUCCUAAAGCAGUUGAAAAUUGCAUAUGUGCUCACUGAGCCAUGCCCAAGCAAUUCCCUCAGCCAGGAAGCGAGCAUUGAAGAAAUUGUUGAAGCCCGAGCUUCUGCACAAAAGUGGAAAGAUGAUGACUACAUUUGCCAUCACAACAUCCUGAACUCUCUAUCUGACCACCUGUUUGAUCAGUACUCGAAGAAGACUUGCAGUUCUAGAGAGCUUUGGGAAGAACUUAAAUUAGUUUACAAUGAGGAUUUUGGAACAAAAAGAUCUCAAGUCAAUAAAUAUAUUCAAUUUCAGAUGGUUGAUGGGAUAUCAAUUCUUGAGCAGGUUCAAGAACUUCACAAGAUUGCAGAUUCUAUUAUUGCUUCUGGAAUGUGCAUUGAUGAGAAUUUUCAUGUUAGCGUUAUCAUUUCCAAGCUUCCUCCAUCUUGGAAGGAUUAUCGCACGAAGUUACUGCUCGAGGAGGUCCUACCUCUUCACACGUUGAUAUGUCGCCUAAGGGUCGAGGAAGAAUCUCGCAAUCGCUGCAAGAAAGAAAAUCCCUCUAAGAAUGCAAACGUGGUAGAGGCAAGGCUCGAAAAUAAACUUGGACCGAGAAAGAGAGAAAUGAAGAAGCUCUGCUACACUUGUGGAAAGGAGGGGCACAUUUCCAGAUACUGUCACCAUAAUAGGAAGGUUCAUGCCACUAAGAAGAGCAAGGAUGAGGAUAAUGGUGAUGUACCUGCCAUUACAGAGGUUAACAGGGUCGAAGGAAAUAUAGAGUAGUUGAUUGAUCCUUGUUGCUGCUGUUGUCGGAAAAGUUACCCUAUUAUGAAGUAGUGUAUAUAAUGACCAAUAUUCAAUAGUGUCCCGAAAGGGACAUUCCGCCAAACAGGAGUUUCCUGUGAAUCACUUGUAAAUGAUGAGAGGAUUAACCUGAUUCCAACUGUUUGUCA